UGAGAAGGGAGGGCGUAAAACAAAAUGGCGCUUGUCAGAAAGCGGCUUUGACGCUAUGCUGUUCUGCAAAUUUUCUAUUUUCUUCUUGAUUACAAGUGGAAUUUCUGUGAUGUUAAGGUGAAUUCAAGUGGUCAGGAUGAAUUUCGACGAGAUCGUGGUGAAGGAGAGCCCCGGCUUGUGCCGGUGCUGCCUCUCCGAGGGUUGUUACAAAGACCUGAGUACGGAGUAUACAUGGAUGAAUGAGACUGAAGUUUAUGCCGAUAUGUUAUUGGAAUGCUUUGAUAUCAGUAUAUCUCAACACAAUGGUGGACCAAACGGAGGCAACCGCCUCAUCUGUGAGGUCUGCAUCACCAGGCUAAGAGAUGCCUGCAACUUCAAGAAACAAGUGUUGGACUCUGAGAAGAAGUUUGUUGAUUUGUUGGCCCGUGGAGAGUUCCAGCCUAAAGUGAUAAUGUACCAGGCGACGAUGAAAGCUGAAGAGCUACUGGAGGAGAGCAUCGUGGAGGACGCGGAGGUGGAGUACCUCGAUGAAGGCAUGGACUAUGAGGACGAUUUACCACUGAAGCAACCCGAGGCAGUAACCGAAGCAAGCGUCUCUGAUGUUACGGUCGAAUCCCUGAAAGUUAAGGGCAAACGUGGCCGACCUAGGAAGACCACGAGCGUAGUGAAGACUGAUAAACGAAAAGUUCCUAAAAUAGAAGAGAAACCAAGGACGUCAAAGACACUGACUAAAGGCAAAACUAGGGGUGGCCAGGAAACGGUCGCAUUCAAGAGCGGAAGCGAUAGCGAGCCCGAGGACGUUCCUGUGGCCACACCGACAGCUGUCAAAACGCUCAGCGCUAAGGAAAAGCGGCAAAUCAUGAGAAAUAACGUCGUUCAAGUAUUAAUGAAGUCGACCAUAAUGCCUUUUAGAUGGUUAAAGAGUUCAUACAGAUGUUUCUACUGCUACGAUAUCUACCAAGAGGCGUCAGAGUUGAAAGCACACCAAUCUAUUCACGUCGGGGACGAUAUAAAAGUCCAAGCGAUGAACAAUUACUGGGAAAGUGUUGUCUACGUCGACAUAUCCGAUUUAGCGUGUAACCUGUGCCCGGAAAGUAUAAGCGACUUGUACGACCUAAUCGACCAUUUAGUGGCCAAACAUGGCGUCAAAUACAAUAAAGACGUUGGCACCUGUAUGGUAGCAUUUAAAUUAGAUAAUUUUAACGUGAAUUGUCUAGCUUGUGGCGCUAGCUUCUAUACCUUCGGACCGCUAUUGUACCACACGAAUAAAGACCACAAGGGCACUUCCGCUAUCCUCUGCGACGUCUGCGGCCAACACUUCAAAGACGCGAGUCUUCUGAAACUCCACAUCAAAACGAUUCAUGAAAACACAGGCGUAUUAUGCACGGAAUGCGGGGAAAAAUUUGAGACGCAAGCGAAGCUUAAAACUCACCAGAAAAAUAUACACGACAUGGAAAGCAAGAAAUACAAAUGUCUAGUUUGCCCUCUGACGUUUCAGAGUCACUACAAGCGUUCGCGGCAUAUGGCGUCGGAACAUAAGAACAGGCAGGAGAUAAAAUGUCUCCGUUGCCCGAAAACUUUUGUGUUUAGAAGUAUGAUGAUGACGCACUUAAGAGACGCGCAUUUGAAGGUUAGGAAUCAUGAAUGUGGAGUGUGCGGUUGGAAAGCGUUCAACAGUAAUAGGCUAAAGAAUCACAUGUACAAGCAUAGUGGAGAGAAGAAUUUCAAAUGCGACGCUUGCGACAAAGCUUUUACGACUAAGAAAAUUAUGCGCGCUCAUUUCGCUAGGAUGCACAAGACAGUGCAAACUCCCAUGAUUCCGUACGAGAACCCUUAUGUAGGACAGUGAAAAGUAUCGGCGUCUGAAGGACGUAAUAUACGAUCCCGACGACCCCAUUACUCUAGCCAUAGAGGCAGCCAAUCAGCUCGAGACACCAAACACUUCAGGACCCCGAUACCGACCCCGCCGGCGGGAUCGACGAUUUCCCUCAAUCAGCGCUUAUCGCUAUCGACCCACUAGAGUCGAUUAAUUCUGUCGAAUAUUUUUCCUCUCAGACGACGCCCUGAGCCGAGGAAAGAAAAAAAUAUACGGUCGAAUUGAGAACCUCCUCCUUUUUAGAAGUCGGUAAAAAAUAUCGACCCUAAGUUCGGCCCAUGCUCAUGUAUCUGAGUGGCAAGUCUUUGCAGUUUGUCUUUUGUCAUGACAAUUCCGUAGAUAUGUUAAGUCUGCUCCUCUUAAAGAGUAUUUAUUGUCUGUGUUUUUUAAACAUUUUAGAUUUGCUUCUCAUAGAUAGAUUUUUAAAAUAAGAACUUUAUACAGUGCUUCUAAUUUCUUAAUGCCCACUACAAUAUCACAAUGAAGUACUUCGUUCUGGGUUCUGGGGGGUUAAAAUGGCCACUGUGGCACAAUAAAGCAAUAUUGCAAUUUGACAUUUGCGCAUAUAAAAGUAAGUGCGCAAUGCAAACAACUGUCAAAUAGCAAUAUUGCUAACUUAGAUGAAUUCGAUGUGGCGUUUUUAACCCCCCUGUAUUCUAAUUCUGUCAGACGAUAAAUCUAACAAUUGAUGAACAAGGAAAUAAGCAUUCGUUUGUAUUCGCAUUUAGAAAAUAGAUUCACUUUACGUUAUUUUAGCUACAGGAAAAACCUGUUUCCGUUUUGAUGUACCCUAACCACCUUACAAAUAAAAUAUAAACCAGGGAUGAACGUGGGUUUAACUUUCAUCCCUGGUUUAUUUUUUAUUUGUAAGGUGGUAUUAAUACAACCCGCGCCCCACGUUGGGCGCCAAUUGAUGAAUCCAAAUUAUUGUUAGGAAAAGCUUAAUGUGUAUUUAUAGAAACAUAUCGGUUCUUUUAAAUCCAUUUAAUGCAAACAGAGGCGCAAUUGGUACUGCAAACGUGGGGCAGAGAGUUGGAGUAUGAAAUCGCGCCACGGUUGAUUUAUGUGGAAACUUUGAAUGCGUACUCUAGAAUAUUUCAAAGAAAUCUCAGUCUGUAUAUGUGGAUAGCUCCCGAUGCCGUUUCAGUAUGCAUUGAGAUUAAAAACUAUUUAGACUAGUAUUUUUAUUUUUUGAUGUAUUUAUGGGUACUACUGAUAAUAAAUAACCAAUGCAUAAAGUAUAAAGCUUAAGUACUUAAUAAAAUCUACUAAAAUAUAUGAAGUUUUUUUUCACAGGUCUUGAUUUGACCCUUAUGAAUUAAUAACAAAUUAGUGUAAGACGCAUAAUUUGUACUUUGUACACAAAUUAUAUUUUAAUGUAAGUAUAUUAGGUAGCCAUUGGUGCUGGUCCCAAUACACACCAUCUAAGGUUAUUUUAAGUUAUAUCUGACAUUUUCUUAUCCGCCGAAAAGGAAAGGGACGGGUAAUCGACAGGCAUAAAAUUUAUGGAAAACACGUCAAUUUUAGGCAGAAAUUUAAAAAACUUGAAAAUUUCAUAUUGGCCAAUAACCCGACGGAUUGCAUAUUAGCGAGGUGCCUAUUUUAUUCGCCCGGGUUAUUAAUUCAUUUUAAAAUUAACAGUUGUCAAUCAUCCGUCCCUUUCCUAUUCGGCGGAUAAGAAAAUGACGGGUAUAACUUAAAAUAAAAUUAGGAUGUGUGCGGGAAUCGGAGCCAUUAGUACCGUAUUUUUAUUUUAUUUUCAGGCGAUACGGAUUUUGGUGAAGAAACCGAUGAUGAAUUCAGCCAAGAAGACCAGAUACAAAGAGUAAGAUUAGAAACAAUGAAAGAAAGCGCACUCCGUGUCAUACUCAACUCUACCGUAAUGCCAUUCAGAUGGUUGACGCAAGCAUAUAGAUGCUUCUUUUGCUACGAAAUAUUUGAAAACAGCAAAGAAUUAAAAGUACACACAGAAUUUCACAUAGACGAGUGUGAUAUAAGGGAUGCAAUGUCCAAGUAUUUGGAAAAGUGUAUCUACAUCGACGUCUCGCAACUGUUUUGCAAAAUUUGUCCUGAAGAUCAAGAAAUCCCAGAUUUAAACUCACUUUUACUUCAUUUGACAGAUAAUCAUGGUCUUAUUUUUGAUGACAACAUUAGUAAGUUUAUGUAUGCUUUUAAACUGAAUGAUUCCAAUGUCGAAUGUGUCAACUGUGGAAUCGUUCUCAAGAGUUUCGGUCGAUUGCUGUCGCAUUUCAUUAAGGAACACGAUAGCAUACCCUCGGAAGUGCUUUGCGAUUGCUGCGGGCUAUAUUUGAAAAACAGACGCGAUUUGAUACUGCACAUACGCCGAGAACACGACAGAAAACCAGUCAAAUGCUCGAAAUGCGAUGUCAUUAUCACAAAUAAAAGUCACCAAAGGAUACACAUGCAAAGGUAUCACAACAAAACGUAUAAAUGCUUGAAAUGUCCUGAAGUUUUUGGGACUCAUUAUAAAAGAUCGCAGCACAUGAUGGCUGUGCAUAAAGGCGGGAUGAUCACUUGUCAAUACUGUCCCAAGACGUUCGUGUUUCGAAGCAUGAUGGACAAGCAUGUUAGAGAAGCGCAUUUACAUGAGAAGAAUUUCGAAUGUCUCGUCUGCGGUUUUCAAGCCUUCCAAGCAAAUAGACUGCGGAACCAUUUAGCUAAGCAUAGUAACGAGAGGAAUGUACAAUGCACGGUCUGUGACAAAACGUUUAAAACCAGAAAGACGAUGAUGAACCACUUUAGUAACCUGCAUAAGAAUGACACUAGCAGAGUUAUAAAUUUGCCAGAAGUCGUUGCAGAGAUGAGAGUAGUACAAGAUUCUUUAGAAACAAUGGCCCCGAUUCCUGCAGACACCUCCUAAUUUUAUUUUAAGUUACACCCGUCAUUUUCUUAUCCGCCGAAAAGGAAAAAGACGGAUGAUUGUCAACAAGUUAAUUUUAAAACGAGCGAAUAACCCGGACGAAUAAAAUAGGCAUCUCGCGGGUAUGCAACCCGUUUGACGUGCUGUCUACUUAAUUCUGUCGGGUUAUGGGCCGGUGUAAAUUUUUAGACGGUUGUUUUAGAUUUCUGCUUAAAAUUGACGUGUGUUCCAUAAAUUUUAUGCCUGUCAUUGUUUUAAGUUUACGCGGUUAUUAUCAUAAUUAAAAUACAUAAUAACGCGUCAUCCCGUGAUCAUGGCACUUGCAACAGUGUCGAAAUAUCGGGAGUCUCAUAUCCCCAUGUAAACGCGGUAAGAACCCGUUAUUAUGUGUUUUAUGCCUGUCGAUUACCCGUCCCUUUCUUUUUCAGCGGAUAAGAAAAUGACAGAUAUAACUUAAAAUAAAAUUAGAUGACGUUUGCAGAUGAGUUUAGCAUCAAUAACAUAAGAAUAAAAUAAGAAAGUACGUUGAGUAUAAUGAAAAUGAAACUGCAACCACCGCAGAAUAAUGUUGCUGUUAAGUUUAAGGAUUAUAACAACAUAAGCUCUCAUAUAUCCCAAUUGGGAUAGUCACAUGUAUAUCCAUAGCAAGAUG